AUGAAGGUGACGAUGACUACGUAUGCACCGCCACCAAAGGCUGCGAUAUUGGCUGCUGCGGGCCCUUACGGCAGAGAUGAGGAGGGAAAUGGAGUAUGCGGCCUGGGCCCGGACUUCUGCGGCGACGGGUGCACAUCGACGUGCCACUACAAGUCUGAGUGCGAUCCGGGCUGGGGCAUCGAGUGGUCCAACGCCACAGCCUGCCCCUUGAACUGUGAUAUCGCGGCCGGCAGCUCGAAUGGCCGCACCAUCGGCUACUAUGAGGGCUGGAACUCGCAACGAUCCUGCGGCACCAUGACCCCAGAAGAGAUUCCCAAGGGCUACUAUACCCAUCUGUUCUACUCUUUCUCGCUCAUCAACCCUGAAACCUUCCGUCUGGAACCUAUGGACGACACGACGGGCAGUCUGUACGGCUCUGUGUCUGCCCUGAAAAAGACGCAACCAGAGCUGCAGGUCUGGCUCGCCAUUGGCGGAUGGGCCAUGAACGACCCGGGCGCGUGGCGGACGAGCUUUUCGGAUUUGGCCGCGAGCGAGAGUGCUCAGGAUGAGUUCUUUGAGAGCUUGGUCACCUUCAUGUCCACCUAUAACUAUGACGGUGUCGACAUCGACUGGGAAUACCCUGUGGCCGAAGACCGUGGUGGUAUAGAAGCCGACUUUGACAACUUUGUCAACUUCAUCUCACGUCUGCGCAACCGCUUGAAUAACCUGGGCACGCCAAAGGGCCUGUCCAUGACGCUACCUGCGUCAUACUGGUACCUUAAAGGCUUUGACAUUAUCAACUUGGAGCCCCAUGUCGACUUCUUCAACGUCAUGACUUAUGACAUUCACGGUGUCUGGGACUCAACCAUUGAAUCUUUGGGUCCUUACGCCCACGCUCACACCAACUUAACCGAGAUUGAGGAGGCUCUCAAGCUUCUCUGGCGAAACAAUAUCAACCCGAGCCGUGUCAACCUUGGUCUCGGCUUCUACGGCCGCUCUUUCACCAUGAAGGACCCGAGCUGCAUGGCCGCGGGAUGUGAGUUCUCAGAAGGUGGCAACGGCGGAGCUUGCACUGGGACUGCUGGCGUCUUGUCUGCCCAUGAAAUCAUGCAGAUCAUCGAGGACGGCGCGACCAUGACUUUAGACCCCGUGGCUGGCGUGCAAAUUGUCACCUGGGACUCGAAUCAGUGGGUCUCAUGGGAUGAUACCGAGACACUGAAAAUGAAAGUGGACUACGCCAACCAAAGAUGUCUGGGAGGCGUCAUGAUCUGGGCCGUCGAUCUUGACGAUGGCACUCUGAUCAAAAGCCUGUCGGAAACUGGCAGGGAGACAACCAUCAUACUCGACGACCCUCCGGCGAUCUCGGCCUGCUUCGGGACCACGUUGGAGGACAUCUCCGGCAACGUCACGGAUGCGAGUAGCUAG